GUGAAAAGUAAUAUCACUUAGUGUGUUUGCGUGCAUGGACGCGAGGCCAUUAGGUACCACACAAAGUUUUAGCGCUAGCAGCCGGAAGGCGGUGGCAUCUUUGAUGGAUUUCUAGGGCGCGCAUCCACUCCGCGGAUCGCUCGAGGUGAGAUUGUGGCCGCCAGCGGCCAAAUCGUCCAUCGCCGGGGUUCUUGAAGGGGUUAUCGAUGAAUCAGGGCAGAUUUUGCAACUAGAGCGAUCGAUCGACCUCCCGAGAAUGCUGCGCCGGCGGAAGCAAGGCAAUGACGAGGAUGGAGGAAGCAAGGAUCGGCAGCAGCAGCAGGAGGAUGGUAAUAGCGGCAGCAAUGGCGAGAAUUCCAAGCAGCAGCAGCAGGGGGGAAAGGAUUCUAUCAAGAUUGGCAAGGACGAGAAGGGGAAAUCUAGCAUGGUGCCUGGAAUCCCCGUUCGAGCUCGCGAGAAGCCAAAGUGGCGCUGCCUGGAUACAUGCUGCUGGCUCAUCGGCUAUAUGUGUGUCAUGUGGUGGCUCUUUCUGGUGCUCUACAAUGCGGUCCCUUCGCUGCCACAGUACGUGACCGAGGCUAUCACAGGGCCAUUGCCGGAGCUUCCCGGGACAAGGCUGGCCAGAGAGGGGCUCCGUGUCAAGCACCCCGUUGUUUUUGUUCCUGGGAUUGUCACGGGUGGCUUGGAGCUCUGGGCUGGACGUCCUUGCGCGGAAGGAUUGUUUAGAAAGCGACUCUGGGGUGGAACGUUUGGAGAAGUCUACAAAAGGCCUUUGUGCUGGCUAGAGCACAUGAGACUAGACAAUGAGACUGGCUUAGAUCCGGCCGGCAUUCGAGUGAGAGCUGUGUCCGGCCUUGUGGCCGCUGAUUACUUUGCACCGGGAUAUUUUGUGUGGGCUGUUCUUAUAGACAAUCUGGCUCGGCUGGGAUACGAAGAGAAGUCAAUGCAUAUGGCUUCCUACGACUGGAGGCUGUCCUUUCAGAAUACAGAGAGUCGUGAUAAAAGCUUGAGCCGGCUGAAAAGCACCAUUGAGCUUCUCGUAAGCACGAACAACAACGAAAAGGUGGUUGUCAUACCGCACUCUAUGGGGGCGUUGUAUUUUCUACACUUUAUGAAGUGGGUGGAAGCGCCGAUUUCUGCAGGUGGUGCCGGUGCCGGCGAAGGCUGGGUUGCAAAGCACAUCAAAAGCGUGAUGAACAUCGGUGGCCCUUUUCUGGGCGUUCCUAAAGCAUUCGCUGGUCUGUUCUCCGCUGAAGCGAAAGAUAUAGCUGUUGCAAGAGCUGUCGCACCAGGUGUUCUUGACUCCGAAUUGUUUGGACUACAGACGCUGCAGCAUAUCAUGUCAGUUACUCGUACGUGGGAUGCUACGAUGUCGAUGCUCCCAAGAGGAGGGGAGGUAAUCUGGGGAGAUUUGGAUUCAUCGCCAGAAGAAGGAUACGAUUGUUCAGGCAAGAAGCCGAAGGUCGAGGAAGUUACCGAAUGCCAAACGAAGAACAUAACGGAUGGGAAAGAGCUGGGACCGCAUGGAAAACCAAUGGCACACUACGGGAGGAUGGUAUCUUUCGGAAAAGAUUCAGUGCAGAAAGCUUCUUCUGCUCUCGAUAGAAAGAUUGACUUUAAGGUACGCUGUUGUUUUACACCUUUCUCAUUGCAUGCUAAUGCUUCCUUUCAACAGAAUAUAGAUAAACAAACGCCCGUGCGAGAGAAUGUCUCUUGCGGAGACGUGUGGACGGAGUAUCACGAGAUGAGCUGGGAGAGCGUUCAAGCCGUGGCCGAUGGCAAAGUGUACACAUCUUCGGGGAUGCUUGAUGUUUUGAGGUUCGUGGCACCGCAAAUGAUGAAGCGAGCUGAUGCAAACUGGGCUUACGAGAUUGCUGACGACCUUUCGGAUCCGAAGUACCAGCAUUACAAGUACUGGUCAAAUCCUCUCGAGUCGACACUGCCAAACGCCCCGGACAUGGAAAUCUUUUGCCUGUACGGUGUCGGUAUCCUGACCGAGAGAAGCUACGUCUACAAGCUAUCGUCAGACAACGACACUUGCUACAUCCCGUUUAGAAUCGACGCAUCGGCCGAGAAGGAUUCGGAAGGAUGUCUCAAAGGCGGAGUCCACUUCGUCGACGGCGACGAGACGGUGCCAGUCCUCAGCGCAGGCUUCAUGUGUGCCAAGCCGUGGCAAGGCAAGACUCGCUUCAACCCAAGCAACAUCUCCAGCUUCACCCGGGAAUUCCAGCACGCUCCUCCGGCGAAUUUGCUCGAAGGCCGCGGCACGCAGAGCGGCAGCCAUGUCGACAUCAUGGGAAACUUUGCGCUGAUCGAGGAUGUUCUCCGGGUUGCCGCUGGCGCGUCGGGCCGGGACCUCGGUGGCGACAGGGUCGUCUCGAAUCUUCCAAAGUGGUCGGAGCGAAUCAAGCUGAAACUCUGAGACUUCCACAAGAGAUCCUUUGCUCGAAGGUCUCAUCAAUUCAAGUGGUGUAAGGAGCACUUUCAUCGAGGAUCCGAAAGUAUGAAUCGAGUUGGAAACUUCGGUAGUUCCCAACUUUCCUGUAGUAUCCCCUCUAUAUGGUGGAAGAAGCUCUUCAUCAAAGUAUGAAUUAAAGUUGGAACCAA